UAAUCAUAUUUCUUCUAUAAGUUAACCUCCAAUGAACACGAUGUGUAACUACCCGAACGUCUAUAUUUAUAGAUGGAUAGAUUUAACACUUAACAACUAGAUGGAUUAGUGUACUUCAAUUACAAAACAUUUAAGAAAAGGUGUUCGAAUUUAUACCCAGAACGAAAAUCAACCUAGCUAACUCAGAAAUGAAUACUAUCUGUGAAACUCACAAUCAAGAUUUUGAAAAUUAUUGUGAAGAUCAUGAAACGAGUUAUUGUCGACUGUGCAGGAUUGGUGAACAUUAUCGAUGUCAAGUACUGCCACUAGAAACGGUAACACGAGAUGCUAAAUAUAGUGCUACGUCUAAAAAAAGUGGGCGCUGAUUUAAAAAAUCUGACACAGGAAUUUCAAGCCAUUGAAAGUUUCCUGUCUAAAAUGAAAUCAUCGAUUGAUGAUCAAAGAAAACAGUGUUUGGAAGAAAUACGCCAAGUAAGAAGCCAGGUAAAUACUCACUUAGACACUUUGGAAACGAUCAUAAAGGAAGAAAUUACAACUAAUUACGAAAAUCUGAAGUCAAAAUUAGAGGCUACAACGAAGCACACAUGCCACAACACUAUUGCUCUGCAAGACAUGGCGAAAGAAUUGGAUGAUUUACAGCGCGACGGUACCGAAAAACAAUUCUUUUUUGCUGUAAGAUCAAGUAAAGAAAUAUUGAAAAAAAUCAGUAAGUCACUAGAUGAAUUGAGAGAAACAGAUGCACUUUCGACGAAAGAUAUAUCUGUUAAUGUAGACCCGACCUUAAACGCAUUUGAUAAUAAAAUUGUGUCAUUUGGUAAGGCUGUGAUCAAGUCAACCCCUUCUGUUAUGAAUUAUCCGAAAUCUGUAUCGCCAACGUUCGCUCAAAGGUCACAGAGAUCAGCAGUUACCAUUUCUCUUGAGUUUGGUGAGAGAUUUAAGCUUCCAAGCAAUAUAGAUGUAACGGGAUGUGCCCAACUAACAAAUGAAAAAUGUGUGCUUGUUGAUCGCCACCAAAAUCGAUUAGUUCUACAUCAAAGAGGCAAUUUCAAAGAUAUAGUCACAUUUUCCAAUUCACCUUAUGAUGUCUGUUCUUUAGAAGACAACACAGUUGCCUUGACUAUUCCGAAUGAAAAAGCGGUCGUUUAUGUAGAUAUAGUUUUGGGCCAAAUCAUACAAACUGUCUAUUUCCCAUAUAAAUGUUAUAAUGUGGACUGUGACGGGAAAUUGUUGGCUAUUGGCUUUCCUGGUAAUGAAAAGUUGAUCGUUGCAGACUUAGAAGGCAAACAAAUCAACUGUUUCACAAUUCGUGGUAAAGAGUUUAUUCUACGUAACGAUGAAAUUUACAGUGUGAGCGAACGCGACGAUGAAAUUUUAUGCUACGAUGUAUUUGGUAAACGAAAAUGGACGUAUCCUGAUAUAGUUCAAAGGCCUGUAGGAGUUGCAGUUGAUCAGAGAAAAUAUGUUUAUGUUUUCAGCAAAUUAAAUGAAGCUAUAUAUAUUAUUUCGCCGUACGGAUCAAGUAGCAGAGUUGUGAUAGAUAAAGAGGAUGCCGCCCUCAGUGAUUUCAGUUGUCUGUGCAUGUAUCCAGAUUCUGAUCAACUAUUGGUAUGUGGUUCCAGUAAUCACGCUUUGGUGUACAACGUAGAACGUAAAAGAACAUGGUGAUCGCUUUACACCUAGCUAAACAGAAAAGGAAGUUUUUUUGUAUGCAUUGUGGUGUAGCAUUUUUUUUAAUCGUGUUAAAGUCGAUAGCAGAACUAAAUUGAUUUGCAGAUACUUUUUUUAGUUACCAUUUUAUUGUCAGUGUUUAUAAGUAUAUUGUCAAUGUUUACCUCGAAUUUGACAACAGAAGUCAUUUCAGUACCAGUAUUUAUGACAAACGAGACGAUUUCAAUUUUGAAAUUAUAAAUUCUCCUCACCUCAGCAUGAUUAUCUCAACUUCACCCGCGUAUGGAGUAUACAUUUCUCAACUAAGAUAUUCAAGUGCUUGCAACUUUGUAAAUAGUAAUCGGUGUCUGAGCAAAAAAGAAAAUGAACCAGGGCUUUGUCAAAGAACGUUUAUUCCUUUUUCUUAAAAUGUUCAGCGGAAAGUACCUAGACCUAGUAGAUAAAUAUUCAGUGUCUAAAUCACAAAAACUACAAGAUGGUCUUUAGUUAUAGAUUUUAGGUGCUGAAGUUGUGUAACUUUUUAUAAACUUUACAGUGUUUCCUCUAUUUGUCUUCGUGCUAUUAUGUAUCUAUUGAUCAUACGACUUUUGACUGACGCGGUAUUUAUACAUUCAGCUAUCGGGGUUUUGACUGGGCGUUCCUGGUGCAGGUUGGAUCUGAGCGGCGUUUAUCAUGUUUAUGGCGCAAGAGGUUUUAACAGUAUUGCUUGCGUGUUUUUCCCUAUUUAUAUUUUACUUAAUUUGUACUUUAUUGAUCAAGUGUAUACUAUACGGUAUUUACUAUCAACUCCAAACUUUUUUACCGGCGCCUUGUCAAUAUAAUAUCAACUACAAAAUCUUUUUUCUUUGUCUUUGUCGAAUUUACACCAACCAUUCAGUUGGCGUAUUUGCUAUAUUUAUUUGUAUGUUUGUUUGAUAUUUUUCAUCAGUUGUGUUGUAUAACUAUGUGUUUAAACAGACUUGGCUGCUUUAUGCUAAUUAAUGUCUAACCUUUUAUGUCUGUUUGGAUUAAUCACCCAAUAUAACGGAUCUAUAUACAAUUGUCAUACUAGCGGGACGUUCAGAUAGCUUUACAACUGGGUUUAACCAACCUCUUUCUUCGGAAAAAUGCAUGUACAUGUUCCAAGCCAGGAAUAUGAAAGUUUUUUUUAACUCAUUCCGUUGAUUGAUAACGUUUGAUUUAGUCAGUUGGAAUGGACUUAUCCCUUUCUUAACUUACCUUGGAGUUCGGUUGUUUGUUAUACUUAUUCAAACGUUUUUCUUAAUCAUAGAUAAAAGGCAGACAAGAUAUGGCUCCUUUAUGAUAAACUAGGGAUCAACUAUGUAUUAUUAAGUUAUAAUAACCAAAUAUCAUUUUAUAAUCAUAUAAAAUUUACAUAUCUUAUUAUAAAACCUCUUCAAAUAAUAUCCCUUUUUUUCUAUUGAAUGCAAGUUAUGUUAUAAUUACAGACAACCUUAGAGAAGAGGAUAUGUUGCAAUCAAUACAAAAAUAUCAUGAUUAAUCUCGAUGGUUUAUGAGAUAUUUAAAGACCAUUGAUUUCAGGGGAUAUGAAUGAUCCUAAGGGUAGUAAGCAUGUCGUAGUUAAGUAAAUACAUUUUGUCUGUAUAAGAACUGAAAUCUAUAUAAAGUUUAAAUCAGUUCUAACCUUUCUGUAGAACUGACAUUUUUAAUUUAUUAUAAAAAAGAAAAAAUCAGCCCUAGAGUAAAAUUGUCGAAAAUGGUUCUGAUGUAGAACUACCAGGAUCAGUUCUAAGCAUCUCUUUUACACAUUGAACCUUUCAGGUUUCUCGGGGUAUUUUUUCAAACAUGACAUUAUACAAUCUUAUGUAGUGACAGGUUAAGUAUUAUAGUAUAAUUUGUUGGUCGCUUAAUUUUGUUCAUUUAUUGAUUUUAUUAUUAGUAAUUCAUAUUCCUUUUCUAAGAAUGUUUGAGUAUGACUAUUUUAUUACUUUUUUUUUCUAAUUUUACAUUUUCGCUAGCCAAGGGUUACAAUCCACUCCCCUCCUCUCCACCUUUGGCAGAUUGAGCCAGCAUUUGUGAUAACAAUGGUGCGCCCUCUAUCGGUUGAUUAAAGUCACGCCCAUUCCGAAUACAUUAAUCUUGACCAAUGGUAGCACUUGAACACUCUUCAGUGUGGAGGUGAAAAUACGGUAGCGUCUAGACUCUACUAACUUGGUGAAGCAGGAAACGAAAAUAUACGUUGACAUUCUACCAUUUGUGCAAGAAACAUAAACAGGAACUUCUAUUAGUUGAACAUUUAAAUUGUCACUAAAUACCGUCAUAUGUUUUGGGGUAAAGACUUGUUGCAAAAUUAGCACGUGACAAGUGUUUACCUACAUUUUCUACAUCUACACGUGAUCAUGUUAUAGAUGCUUUUUGAUUGGAUGCAGCCAGUUACGACUGCAACUAAUGAAAAUCAUUAUCUCGUGGAUGCGAUAUUCUCUCUCAAUCCGCCAAGGGUGGAAAGGAGGGGAGUGGAUUGUAACCCUUGGCUGGCGAAGAUGCGAAUGUUAAUGAUGCAGCAAACUUCUUAAUAGUUUCCCCUCAACUAAUCAGAGAGCUCAAAUACGUUUAUGGGGAAAUUUAACACGUGCAGUGAUUGUCUCUUGUGACAGUUUGUUUAAAUGAAAAAAUUACAAUGAAUCCUACGGUUUAACUUUGGAACACAGUUAUAUUUGUAGUUUGUUUGGUAGAAAUAAUAGAAUGUCAACCAAUUGUGGUAUUACUUUUAUUAAUGGUUUUGUUAUAUUGUAUCGUAAAGAUGGUACAUAAUUAUACAGUAUUGUACAAGAUGAUAUGUGGCAAUGAUUGGACACUGAAUUAUCUCCAGAUAUAGUACCAUUAAAUUACAAAUAGAAGGUAAUAACAUUGAUAGUCGUAACUUGAAAUUUAUUAUUUUUACACAGAUACUUUUAAGAGUUUUUUUUUAUGGUCAUAAGGUCCAAAGAUGUCAAGUCAAACUUGUUAUGGUUAAGUUGUUUAAUACAUUGAAACCUCGAGUGUCAUUGUAUUUAUAUGAACCCAGAAGAGCCAGACUAAAAUUGUAAAUUUGACAUUUGUAAUUCAAGGAAAUUCAGGGUCUUUCAUUAAUUUAUCCCUUGAAAAGAGCUGUUGAACUAGUUCUGAGAUAUGUUUGAGCAUGAAUUAAUUGUUUUUAGAUAAUGUGUAAAAAGAUUUUUUAGAUACAUAUAAUACAAAACAGGAGACCAUUUUUGUCACUUUGUAUAUAAUAUUCUUUUACUUUUACAUACAUUAAAGCUUGAAAUUUUUGAUGGUGGUGCAGCUAUAUUUUGUAAAAUGUUUAGCUUGUAUAAUUAUUCGUUAUAUUUUAGGAGGGGAGAUGUGUAUAUAAUUAGUUAGGACUACUGUUGUCGUACAAGCGAGACCAGUUAAUAAGUUUCAAAUAGUAGCGGGUUAAAUUACGCAUGGAAUCUGCAAGAUAUGCCGACAUAUCUUUUCGGUAGGAAGGAGGCAAUGUUACAUUUGUGGGUCGCUUAAUUUAGUUCAUUCGUAUAUUUCAUUAUUAGUAAUGUAAGUAUGCUUUCUUCGGAAGUUUCUUUAGUGACGGAGCAAUCCAUGCAUUACAAUUCCGAAUGUUUUGAACCAAUCAGAGAGCUUGAUAAAGUUUCUUGCAAAAUUUACCUCACGGAGUGAUUGCCUUUUGUAAAUAAUUUCAAGCUCAGAUAUGCAAACGUGUGUAGGUAAAGGGAAAUUUCAAGCAUAUAUCGAAUUUUGUGCAAUUUUCAGCAUUUUUUGGACAUUUUCUAGGUAGGAACUCACUCUCCAAUUUGAUGCAUAUAUUGGCUAGUUUUGGUUAUGGUUUGCAUAGAAUUAAAGCGAAAACUUUGAAUAUUUACAUAUUGAGACUAGUUUCUUUAGAAAGCGUUUCACUGCUUAUGAUGGAAAUCAUGAGCUGAACUUUAAAUGAAUCGAGUAAAAAAUAAGUCAAUCUGCGAAUAACAAUUCUUGUUAAAAUGUUCAGCUUUAUCAGUUGCAUAAAAUAAUGUUACUGUUUUUUUCUUAUUAAUCCUGUGGGUUUUUUUUAAUAAAAAUUGUAUUUUACUGAA